AUGUCGGCAUCUUCCAAAUGCCGAGCCUUCUCCAGCAAAAGCGAGGCGACUCAGAUAUCGCGGACAAACACGACUCUAUACAAACUACCACCAGAGAUCCGCACGCAAAUCUUUGAGUAUUGUCUGGUGAACCACCGCGCAAAGAUAACUAAGCUGGAACACCUGCCAGCUCUGGUUAGGGUUUUGGUCCACGAUGAGAAACUCUGCGUAGAAGCUCUCGACUUGAUGCGCCCUAGUACGGAAUUUCAACUGGACGCAGAAAACCAUUGGCAGUUCAGAGGAUUCGCGAAAACAAUUUUGACGCACAUACGAAAUGUAGUUGUGGAUCUGAGAUAUGCUGGGUGGGUACUUAAAAAACCUGAAAUCCAUUAGAUAUUUGCUUACCACAAAGAUAGAUAUCUCGGACUUACAGCAAUCCGACUUUCUUCGACAUUAAAUACACUUCCUUCCCUCAGAAAGGGGGUGUUGAAUUGUGGUUUAAUAACCGGGGAGCGGUUCCAUGGUCGAUAUAUGGCUGCUGAUUUUAAGGAGGCAUAUUCAGCUUGGCUGGCAGGUUUCAAGAAAGCGAGAUGUGUUGGGAUCCGUUUUUGUUUUUUGCCCAAGGAAGCGAAUAUCUACCAUGCGGAUCCGUAUGCUAUGGGCAUGUAUAUUGCUAGUGUUCGUCUGAGGGGAACUGUGAGUACUAAGAUUGUUACUUGCCAUGAGCUUGAUGAGCCAUGCCGCCGGUAUGGAGACAAUAGAAAGCGCUCGGAUUCGCUCAACUUAAACGAUACUGAUUACCUGCGUCGUUUUUUGGAUAGGUACAGGGGAAAUCCAGAUGUUCCCGAGACGUUGGUUUGGGUACGUCUUGGAGACGAAUGAUCUAGGGAUAGUUGUCAUGUAAAGUUGAAAGUUUCAGAACAAAUAUAGUUAAGUGAUGCAACGUCACAGCAACUUGGUACACCGGGAAUCCGGAGAUAG